GCCGAGCCGCGGCCACAGGCGUUUAUGUACCUUCCCGCGCGGGGCCGGCGCUGCCAACUGAAGGCGGGUGGUGCCGCGCGCGAUUAGAUCGGCGGGGGCGCGGCCGUUGGGGGCGUGGCCGAGCGUGGCGCCUCUCCCUUGCCCCUCCCCCACCGCACCAGGAACCCGCACCCUAGUCCCGCGGCGGGAGUGCCGUAGCUCUGCAGACUCAGCACAGCCGGGUGGUCUCUUCCCUCCUCGCAGGCUCCUCGCGCCAUGAGGGUGAAGAUCAAAUGCUGGAACGGCGUGGCCACUUGGCUCUGGGUAGCCAACGACGAGAACUGCGGCAUCUGCCGGAUGGCCUUCAAUGGCUGCUGCCCGGACUGCAAGGUGCCGGGUGACGACUGCCCGCUGGUGUGGGGCCAGUGCUCACACUGCUUCCACAUGCAUUGCAUCCUCAAGUGGCUGAACGCGCAGCAGGUGCAGCAGCACUGCCCCAUGUGCCGCCAGGAGUGGAAGUUCAAGGAAUGAGGCCAUCCAACGCUGCCCGACGCCCCUGCCCUCACCCUGAGACGGCCUCACCCCCACAGUGGCUCUGGGUGGCUGUCUCCUCCACGGGGACAGUCUCCUCUGGGCUCUGACAGGGUUGAAAUGAGGACUGGAGCUGCGUUUGUUUUCUCCCAUCACAACGUUGACACUUUUAUCAAAUAAAUAAAACUCAUUAAACCACCUAA